AUGACAAAGAUAUUACAACCAUUAAGAACUAUUCGAAGAGUAGUAUGGGGAGAACCUCCAAGUAAUCCAACAGAACGAAGCUAUUUAUUCAAACUUGAUGUAUUUGUACUUAGUUAUGUUUGUUUAUUAUAUUGGAUCAAUUAUUUGUCAAGAGCUAAUUUACUGAAUGCUUAUGUUUCCGGUAUGCAGGAGGAUUUAAAUAUGAAGGGGAAUGAAUUUAAUUUAAUUAAUACAUGUUUUAGUAUUGGUUAUAUUGUCGCGAUGAUCCCCCACAAUUUAAUUUUAUUGAAAGUUAGACCGAGAUAUUGGUUAAGUUUCUGUGCUUUUGCUUGGGGUGUAUUGACUUUAUCAUUAUAUAAAGUAACUUCAUAUAAACAAAUAUGUGUUAUUAGAUUCUUUGUUGCCAUGUUUGAAAGUGUCACUUUUGCUGGUACUCAUUUAAUUUUAGGUAGUUAUUAUGAUGAAGAAUUAUUACCUAUGAGAACAGCCAUAUUUACAAGUUCUGGAUUAUUAGGAUCAUUGUUUUCAGGUGUUUUACAAGCAGCAAUUUAUAAGAAUAUGGAUGGUCAUAAUGGAAUUCGUGGCUGGAGAUGGUUAUUUAUAAUUGAUUUUAUAAUAACUUUACCAAUUGUCAUUUAUGGAUUAAUUUGUUUCCCUGAUGAACCUCAAGUUUCAAAACCAUUUUAUUUCACUAAUGAAGAACAUGAAAUUGCUCUUGCAAAAAAAUUAUCCAAACCUGUUACCCAUGAUGAAUUCAAUUGGUCAAUUAUUAAAAGAGUAACAGGAAAUUGGCAUUGGUAUUUAUUUUCAUUUUUAUGGGUAUUAGGUGGUGAAAAUGAAUCAUUUGUUUCCAAUUCUCUUCUUGCAUUAUGGUUGAAAUUUAAAGAUUACACCAUUGAACAAAGAAAUCAUUAUCCCAUGGGAUUAUAUGCUGUUGGUAUUGUAUCUACUUUGAUCCUGGCAUUAUACAUUCAUAGCUUUGGCAAUGGUAAAGGUCAUUGGAUUAUGGGGAUUAUAAUCGCUAUAUUUGUUAUUAUAUCAGCAAUAAUCCAUGCUGUUGAACCACAUAAUACUGCAGCAGUAUUUGUUUCCCAAUAUUUAAGUGCUAUUUCGUUUGCUGGUCAAACCGUUUUCUUUAGUUGGGCAAAUGUAAUAUGUUCAAAUGAUUUACAAGAAAGAGCUAUUGUUUUAGCAUCAAUGAAUAUGUUUAGUAACGCAGUUAAUGCUUGGUGGUCACUUUUAUUUUAUGCUGCUGAUACUGUUCCCGAAUUCAAGAAAGGGUGUUGGGCUUCUUUAGCUACUGGGAUUGCUAGUAUUGUUGUGGUGAUCAUUAUUAGAGUAUUACAAACUAGAGAAGCGGGUAUUGUCGCAGAAGUGGUUACAGAAGAUACUGAACUGGAUAGACCAAUAAAAGUAUAG